AAAUAAUAAAAUAUGUUUGGACCAGAAGAGCCUAGUUGUGAGUUAGAAACAAUACAAAAACUCGGUGAUCAGGCAUGCCAAUUUGUGCAACAAUACUGUGAACAUGAGUCACUUUUCAAUUUCUUCUCUGUGCAUUAUUGCCAGUUUGGAGGAGCAAGCUAUAUCACUAUUCCGAUCUACCUUUUUAUCAUCUUCUUGUGAUUCUACAUUGUUGGGACAACCGCAGAAGGGUUUCUUUCACCUGCACUUGAAAAAGUAGCUUCUACUUUAGGAAUGUCAGAAUCCUUAGCUGGUGUAACCCUACUCGCUAUGGGCAAUGGAGCACCUGAUGUGCUGACUUCUGUGUCAGCAGCAGGUAGUGAACAUACGGGAAUGUUCUUUUCUGUCGGUUCACUUGCAGGCUCCGGCUUAUUUGUCACAGGUGUCGUGACUGCAUUUGUGAUAAUUUUCUCCCCACGUACUAUAAAAGUGCCUGGCUUGAGUAUAUUGCGAGACGUAUGAUUCUACAUGACUGCUCUCAUCACUGUAGUGAUAGGAUCUAUUGUAGGGGAACUCAACAUUUAUUUCGCAAUAGCAUUUUUCUGAAUAUAUCUUUCCUAUGUCAUGGUGGUCGUCAUUAUGGAUAGGCAUGAAAGAAAGGAAAAGAAAAGGAAACAAGCUGAGAGAGGAGAUGAUGCUAAACUUAAGAAAGUAGUCUCUCUGAACCAGGAAGACUCCUUAGAAGAAUUGGACUCUGAAAAAUCAGAUGAAGAGGAUAAAACCUAUUUUUAUGAUAAAUCGGUAUCUCAAAAUGUGAAUGAGCUAGGUCAGCAGUUGAUAGAUAAAGAAAGCGAGGAUAAACGAGCCAUUACUCAGGAUUCGUCAGGUGGCCAAGAACAAAAUAAUGGGUCUGGAAACGAAUGGUCAAUGGUGCUUGAAGAGCCAAAUCUCUCACAAGAUGAAGAACACCAGAAUCAACCACAAGGGGAUCAUAUCGAGAGAAAACAAAAUAGACACCAUAAACUCACAAACAGAAGUUUUGUUAGGAGAAUGAAUCUCAAAGAUGAAAAAGAGCGUCCUUUAGUACUAUCUCCGAAACUGAGAGCAAAAAAGAUCCUAGAAGAAGCAAGCGAAAGUGAAAAUAAUGUAAGCGAUAUGAAUAUUUUCCAAAAGGUGAUAUACUUUGUCCUGAAAACCCCACUCAACUUCUUGAGGAGGAUAACGAUCCCUCCUUCUGAUGCUAACUCAUGGGACAAAAGGUAUGCUACAGUCGUACCUAUCUGUUCAUGUUUCUUCAUUUUCACAGUCACAGGAUUGAUCGAUUUCAAAAGCGUACCCCAUUUCUCAUUUUGGAUUUGUCUUGGAGUGGCAGCAGCCCUAUCUAUCAUUAUCUGGCUGACAACUCCAUCCAAAGAAGAGCCAAAGAAGGUAAUUUUGGUAUUUGCAGUCAUCGCAUUUUUACUAUCAAUUCUUUGGAUGUGGUCUGCAGUAAAUAUCUUAGUCGAUUUAUUAGGAGUGCUUGGACUUAUUCUUGGGUUCAAUCCAGCCUUUCUGGGUAUGACUCUCCUAGCAUGGGGAAACUCUUUUGGUGAAGUCAUGGCUAACUCUACAUUUGCAAAGAGAGGACUAGGAAGAAUGGCAUUCACAGCUUGAUUUGCAGCUCCCUUGUUCGAUUUCCUUAUCGGUCUUGGCCUUAGUUUGACGAUAAAGAAAAUAAGAGGUAUCCCACCAGCUAGAUUUGUAAUCACAGAUACUGAGGCUCAUAUUCCACUAAUGGCAAUUGGAGGCUUAAUGCUUCAGUUUGUCAUGAUCCUGAUCAUGUCAACUAUCAAUAAAUUCUCUCUAAGGAGGUGGCAAGGGAUUGUACAAAUUGGAUACUUCUUAAUACUGCUGAUCAUCGUAACAGUCGCAGCAUUCACCUUCGCCUAAUAAAUUACUCAUUUGUAUAUAUUUACCCUCAAUU